UGGAAGGAGCUAACGGUAACCGUCAAAUCGCUAAAGGCGUGUUCAAUUAAUAAAUUUAUACGCGUAUUAGCCAUGUAAAAGCCGUUAGCAAUGCCACCGCUGAAUGGUGGUACGCCAACUGGAAACAGGACGAACUAAGGCUACACCUAACGCUACAGACUUGUAUUCGCCGUCUUGAUGUUUUUGACAUUUUUAAACCAACAAUGGAAAGUUUGGGCAGUGAGCCUCUGUAGGGACAAAAAUAACGACUAACGUUAAAAGACAGCGGACCCCGGAUAGUUAACACCAUGUCUCUUCGACUAUUUUCGUGGUUGCUGCUGCUCCUCUGCCUGGAUGUGUUCAGACGUGAACUCGCAGGGGCUGAGGCAGGCUCGGUACCCAGCGCCGCAAAAACUUUAGUAUGGGGACCUGGACUGGAGGCGAACCUUGUCCUCCCAGCUCGGUUUUUCUACAUACAGGCAGUGGACAGUUCCGGGAGAAAUUUAACAACAUCACCCGGUGAGAAGACCUUUGAAGUGAAGAUUGUGUCUCCAGUGGAGCACUUCACCAGGAUUUGGAUCCAGAUCCUGGAUCGUCAGGAUGGCUCCUUCCUGGUGCGCUACAGAAUGUACGCCACCUACACAGACAUUCAUGUGCACGUUCUGCUCAAGGACGAGCAUGUUGCCAAGUCACCAUUCAUUCUCAAAGGCCCAGUCUACCAUGAGGGCUGUGACUGUCCCCAGCCGAGUGGUUCUGUGUGGGAAGCCCACAUGCACUGUCCUCAGUCCUUCCCCCAGAUAGACAAGGACCUGGCCCUCUACGCCAGUGUCGACCCGGAUCUCAACGCACAGGAGAUCCCGCAGCGCUUUGGACAAAGACAAAGCCUUUGCCACUACACUGUUAAAGACAACAAGGUCUACGUUAAAACUUUUGGAGAGCAUGUAGGUUUCAGGAUCUUUAUGGAUUCCAUCCUCCUGUCACUCUCCAGAAAGGUGCGGCUCCCUGAUAUGGAGUUUUUUGUUAACCUGGGUGACUGGCCGCUGGAGAAGAGGAAACCCACCGAGAGGAUUCAUCCCAUCUUUUCCUGGUGUGGCUCUAACAAUACCAGUGAUAUUGUCAUGCCCACCUAUGACCUGACUGAGUCUGUCCUUGAGACCAUGGGAAGAGUAAGUCUGGACAUGAUGUCAGUGCAGGCCAACACAGGCCCACCGUGGCCAGAGAAGAACGCCACAGCCUUCUGGAGGGGCCGGGACAGCCGUCAGGAACGCCUCGAGCUGGUCAAGCUUUCCAGGGCCCACCCCAGCAUGAUAGAUGCAGCCUUCACCAACUUCUUCUUCUUCAAACAUGAUGAGAGCCUCUAUGGGCCGCUUGUCAAACAUGUGUCUUUCUUUGACUUUUUCAAGUACAAGUACCAGAUAAACAUUGACGGCACUGUGGCGGCGUAUCGACUGCCUUACCUCUUGGCAGGAGACAGUGUGGUGUUAAAGCAAGAUUCUGGCUACUACGAGCAUUUUUACAAUGAGCUGCGGCCGUGGGAGCACUACAUCCCCAUCAGGGCGGACCUCGGAGACCUGCUGGAGAAGAUCCAGUGGGCUCGUGAUCACGAUGAAGAGGUUCAGAAAAUUGCACUGGCGGGUCGGCAGUAUGCCCGCAAUCAUCUAAUGGGAGACAAAAUAUUUUGUUACUACUACAAACUUUUCCAGGAGUAUGCCAAACUGCAGAUCACAGAGCCUAAGAUUCGUGAAGGCAUGGAGCUUGUAGAGCAGCCCAGCGAUGACCUGUUCCCAUGUUUCUGCCACAGGACGAGGACAAAGGAUGAACUCUGACUGACCUGCUGUCAACCAGUCACAGAGCAACCCUUCAUAUCUGAUAUACUGCCAAAUCAUUUUUCAGUGUGAAUGAAUUGUAUGACUAUGAUAUGAAUACACACAUUAUCUCAUUUUUAAAAUAAAUAAUUGUCUUUUUGUAUGUU